UUGGGGCGCGGGCGAUUUUUCUUGGACACGCGUAGAGGUCGCGAAUGUGCAGGCGUCAAGUUAGGGGCGUUUUGGCGUUUUUUCACGCGCCCAUCGCGUUCGGUGUGAACACACGGUAACAGUGCAACGUGAAUGAGCAGCAGCAGGCGGUCAGCACCGCUCCCUGCUGGACACCGUCAGUACAUGCAGGUGGGCUCAGUCUAUCAGGUAACACUGACCGACAGCAGCUCACAGGUGUGUGUGUGUGUGUGUGGCUUCAGGUAAAUCAGACAGGUGGCGCUGCUGGUGCCCUGCUUUGGAGCAGACCUGCUGAAGCUUCAUGAGUGUUUGUGAUGAGAUCAGUCGUCCUGAAAUAUCUCACUCCUGUAUAAACUCUUACCUGUGCAGGUAAAUGCAGUACAUGAGGUUGUUUUAGUGACCUGAGAGCCACUGAUUCCUUUCAGAGCAGCUAAAGUCCAGUUUGCUCUUUUGCAGGUGACCUUUGACCCUUCUCAGGUUUUAUUUUGUGCAGUGUUGUCGUCUUUUCUUCUUGCUCUGAAUUUUUAAUUUUCUUCAAGCUCCUGCUUUAUGAUUCCUUACAGAUGUUCCUGCUGUGCUCUGCAGGGCACACAGAGGCCAUCUGAGCCUGAGCUCGUGUGGAGCGUCGGACAUGAACAACGCCCUAAACUUCUGCAUCAGCCACAGACGGGAAGUCUGCUUAUCAGCUGCUAACCGCUCGGGAAGAUGGAGAUAGUUUCUCACUAGUUAGUUUCUGAGGACUGAAGCAGAGCUGCACGUCUGAGUGUGACGUCAGUGUGAGGCCAGGUGAGAGAAGUGCAGUAAAAGUGGAAAAUGCUUCAGAGUAGAAACACAGCUUGCCCCGCUGAGCUCUGAUUGGGUGUGGGUUGUGGAGAGGAUGGCGGGGAGGUAGUAGGAAGCAGGUACGUCAGGACUUCUAUACUUCUGAGGACAUAACAGUUUUUAAAAGUCUACAAACAAAACCAGCUAGCCUGAAGUGAGAAGAGGAAGACACGCACGGGUCCUCACAGAGGCACACAUACCAGACACAGACACACACUUGGAUUGCAUCACCAGGGGAGGGGACAGCACAGCAGCUCUGAGAUCAGACAGAACACCUCAGACCACAGACGGGACUACUGCUGACAGCAUUACUACCAAUACUACCAGUACCGCUGAUACUGGGAGAGAGUACUGUCAGUACUAGUCUGAGGUGAGCUGAAAAGCAUCUGCUGCAGCUGUGACUCAGUGAAGAAGAAGAAGAAAAACAAUGAGGGGGCUCACUGGGACUCUCCUGCUCUUCGUCUGCCUGCUGGCGUUCGACUGUAGCGUCUCUCCUCCUCUUCCUCACCCCACAGAUGAAUGUCCUUUUAUGGCCAUCCGUCUGCGGACCUUCCGGCUCAGGCCUACCUGUAAUGGGACAACUCUGAAGGAAAAGCAGCUGAAGGAGAUCCAGGCUCCAGCCACCAACCUGUACCUGCCCAUCCUCUACCUGCUCGCCUUUGUGGUCGGUCUGCCCUCCAACUUGCUGGCUCUCUGGGUUCUGGUGUUCCGGACCAAACAGCUGCCGUCCACCACACUGCUCAUCAAUCUGACGGUGGCCGACUGCCUGCUACUCAUGGCGUUGCCAUUUCGGAUCGUCUACCACUUCCGGGGGAACAACUGGGAGCUCGGCGAGCCCUUUUGCCGCUUUGUCAUGGCGAUCUUUUACGGCAACAUGUACGGCUCCAUGUGGUGUCUGGCCUUUGUGUCCCUGGACCGAUACAUCGCUUUGGUCCACCCAUUUCGCGCCAGGACUCUGCGCAGCCAGCAGGUGUCUCUGUGUAUGUCAGUGGUGGUGUGGACAGUGGUUCUGGUUGCCAUGCUGCCACUGCUGCUGUCACGGCAGACCUACGAAGUCAGCACGCUGCAGAUCACCACUUGCCACGAUGCGCUUCCAGAGGAUGAGCAUGAGAACUACUUCUUGCCGUAUUUCGCCACCCUGUUCGCCACCUGCUUCCUGCUACCCUUAGCCAUCGUCCUGUACUGCCACAGCACUGUGUUGCGCACCUUGCUGGCCGGGGGAAAAUUCUACGGUCACGCCAUCCGGGUGACGGUACUGGUGCUGCUGGUCUUCAUCGUGUUUCUGCUGCCGAGCAACAUCCUCCUCCUCCUCAUCUAUGCUGACAGCUCACUGGACGGAGAUGGAGAGGACCUCUACAUGCCCUACAUGGUGAGCUUGGCGGUGAGCACCUUCAACAGCUGCAUCAUCCCGUUCAUUAUCUACUACGUGUCCACGGAGUUCCGGCAAAAGGCCAAGAGCACUUUGUGCUGCCACUGCGAUUCUGAGGAUAAAACAUACUCUCUGGUCAAGAAUAUGUCAUCUUUAUCAUCAGGCCCAAGGUCAAAGGUCACCCUGCUGUCCAUGUCCAGUCGACAGAGGCCACCUGAGAUGCCAUGCAGCUCCCAGGAGAACAGAGUAACGGACACCUGACUGCAGGCUGUCACGCAAAUGUCUUCAAAUUGUUGGACUGCUCGUUUAAAUGGGGAACUACGGUAUAUUGAUCUCUUAUUGGCUCUGAUCACGUCAGAUGAUGUCACAUGUUUAAUGAUUUUUUUUUCACUAGGACCAAUUCUGUUUACAUUAUACAUGCU